UGAGUGGAAACCUUGUGACAACCUCCACCACAUCUCUACCCCCAUCCAUCACCCAGGAUCAUGGCUAAUUCUGACGAAGUGGAGCAGGCAGGUCUGUCAGAUUUGGAGAUCAUCUCCCAGCCGGUGGAGGAUGAGAACCAGUGCUUGGCUCCUCCAGUCCAGCUGGUGAGUUUUGGCUACAGAGAUCUGCCCCUUGCAGCUCUGGACCUCUCCCUGGCUGGCUCUCAGCUGCUCUCCAACACAGAUGAAGAUGAAAACAGGGAAGGGUCCAACUGGCUGAAGCCGUGCUGUGGGCGUCGAGUGGCCCUGUGGCAGGUCUGUCUGCUCAGUGCUGGCUUCAACUGUAUCCUGGUGGCCUGCGUCAUCCUGGUGGUGCUUUUCCUGUCUUUGGAGCUGCUCAUAGACACCAAACUCUUACAAUUUUCCAAUGCGUUCCAAUUUGCCAGCAUUAUCCACUGGAUCAGCCUUAUCAUUCUGUCACUCUUCUUUUCAGAGACUGUCUUCAGAAUUGUUGUGCUCGGGAUCUGGGACUACAUAGAAAACAAAGUUGAGGUGUUUGAUGGUGCAGUUAUUGUGCUGUCCCUGGCCCCAAUGGUGGCCUCCACAGUGGCCAAUGGGCCUAGCAGCCCCUGGGAUGCCAUCAGCCUCAUCAUCACCCUACGCAUUUGGAGGGUCAAGAGGAUCAUUGAUGCAUAUGUGUUACAAGUGAAAGUUGAAAUGGAACUGGAGAUCCAGCAGUGUGAGAAGACCAAGGCUGUGAGAGAGGAGCAGCUGGAGCGUCUCACUCAGAUCUGUCAGGAGCAGGCUUUUGAGAUCAGGCAGCUGAGGGCACAUCUAGCCCAGCAGGACCUGGACCUUGCAGCAGAGCGUGAAGCAGCCAUGCAGAUACACCACGUCUGGGACAAACAGGGCAGGAAUUUUCAGGUCGUAGAAGGUUUGACUCCUGGAGAAUCUGACGAUGAGGGCGGUCAGAGAAACCCCAGGGAGCCACAUGCCACUUCAGAUCCAGGUGUACGUGAUGAUAUGAACAACUACAUCAGCCAAUAUUAUAGUGAAGCAAGCAGUGGUGCUGGGGCUUCUGGCCUAGGUGCGCGGGUCAUCACGACAGCAGCCAUUGAUGUUCACCUGCCCACCAGUACAAACCCCAUCCAGUCAAAUCCUAUGCUCGCUAUGGAGCGGGUGGGCAGCGCUUUAAGUGAUGCCUCCACCAGCAUAUCACGAUCCAGUGGCAGCCUCACUGCUCGCCCCCACAGCCUGAGUAGCCACACUCCAGGUUCAUCAAUGACAGACUGCAGCAGCAGCACAGCUCAGGACCUCAGUCUGAGCUACAGCUCCCAUCGCUGCUGCCCCCCUUCCUUCUCAGGCCGGGACCCCUGCAAGGACCCCAGCAUGAUGGUGCAGGAGCUACUCUCCUCCCUCUCUGAAGACUCCUGCCUUGCUCAAAAGGGUCUAGCAGUAGACCCUGUCAACCUUAAGCUUCCCAGUCCUACUGGCUCAGAAAAUGCCAGCCCUGAACUGGACAACAGAAUUAACAUUUUCAAUCGCAGGAACCAAGAGGAGAGACGGGGCCGUGGAAGGGGUUGUGUGCUGUUGCAGACCAAGCCACUGAUCCACCUGCAGGGCAGCACCACUGAGCCGUCACUGGAGGAGAAAUAUCGGCUACUGGGACCAGCUGAUUCACCUCUAGGGCACAUGCCUGAUACAUAAACAAGCGACAUUUACACAGAAACAGAAGCUUUUAUUCUCUCUCUCUCUCUCUUUUUUUAAUUGCCAUCCCAUUUGGCAUAUAUCUGAACUGCUGUGACAGAUCAAACCUCAUGAGAGGGACCACAUAAGAUCUGAAAAUUGGAUUUAUCUGUUACUGUGUAAAUCAAGACUUAGCCAAUUCAGAGCAAGCUCAAGCCUUAGCUUCUAGCUAAUAGCAGUGCUCCUUCAGUUGGUGUUUUCAGCUGUCAUUAGUAGAAAUUACAAUGAUAAUUCUUAGGCCCUUUGCCAUCCCGUUUAACCUCCCUGUUCCUCCUUAAUAGGUUUUGAAAUCAGAAAUGCCCAGAUAUAGCACAACAAAGACAAUAUCACCCUAUCAAGGGGGCAUCUAAUGUGUUUUUCAACACAUUCUUCAUCAGGAAUUCUCACUUUGAAUAGGUCCUAAAUGCACUGAACUUUACACGAAUUAAAACCAGCAAAGGGCCAUUCAAGCCUAUACUGAACAAAAAUAUAAAUGCUGAGCAGUGUUGCCACUUUAGACACUGUUCUUGAGAAUUUCAAGCAGUAAAAGGAGUGUUUUCUAUUGGUUUUUGUUGUUGCUUUGUUUAUUUUCAUUUGUAUUUUCAACUUUCAACGUUAAUUAUGCUGUUCUUUGUUUAAACAGCCACAGGGUAAAUACUGUAAGCCUGGCUAAAGUAUUGAAAAAGCCAAUUUUCUACCUUUGCCUUUUUUGUCACCUGUUUGAUUUAAAAACCAUGGACCAUCAUCAAAAUUUAUUAAAUUGCAGUUUUGUUUUUGGAAAAUAUUAGUAGGGUAUUUUUGUGUGGUUGAAAUGAAAUGGUAACUGAAUGGGCUCUUCACAUGAAACUAGACUGGAGUGCUUGUAGCAUGAACCUUUAAAAGAUAUGCGCCAUAAAUGGCAAGCAAAUUCUUUGCACUUUAAUGUUUACAGACGCUUUUGUAAACUUGACAUGGAGGAAGUCAUUGCCAAAUGCAGGUGUUGUCAAUUGAAUGAAAAUAGCAAAAAUAAAAGUUAGUAUUUCGUUAACUGC